CUGCAAGAGGCAUGUUUGAUCAGGCACUUUACAGCGAAACUGGCUCAUUCGUUCGACACGACCGAUCGCGACGCUCAUUACGCAAUCACCCUGCCGCAUCGAGCUCUGAACAGCCCAGUGUUGCUGUACGCUAUCUGCACUGUGUCAUCUCGCCUUCUGACCAGCAGGUGGUACAGCAAGACGCCAAAGCCAACGACCCUAUAUUACGAGAACAUUCCACUGCCCGAUCUCGAUGAACAUUCGGCUAUCCAUUACCACAAUGCUUGUUUGGGUUUACUCAUGGACUUCGCAGAUACACCCGCAGAUGAAGCCAAUGCCGAGGCCAGAGCCGUUGCACUUGCAGCUACCACGAUCUUGCGGACUUAUGAGCAGCUGGACAUCUCCUUGACAGGUCUCGACGCAGAAGUCUACCAAGGCGUGGUACAGACAGUAAUGUUCAAGCAUCACGAUGUAUCGAUAUACUCCCUAGACAAUAUGGACAAGCAGAGUCGAGACGAGCGAGGCAACCUGAUACUGGCAGAGGGUCUCCGUAAAUCUGCAUGCUUGAUUGCCCUGCGACAAGAGAUCUGGUCUGUCCUCCUAUAUCGCAGACCAUUUCGGCUUCCGCUAGCGGAAAACAUGGACUACUCCACACUAGGACACACCGAUGACUUUACGUGGGCAAACCGUCUCAUCCUGUGGUGUGCAGAUGUCUCGAGGUUCUGCUUCGGCUCGAGCACGGUAACGCCAGACACACCAGAGAAACACAGUCCCGCAUACGACAAAUGGAGGGUACUUAAGGAUUUCGAUGAUCGCUGGACCGCUGACACGCCAUCUUGCUUUCGAUCAUUGUAUUACUGCCCUGCGAGGCCAGAGAGAGGUGACUACUUCCCCGUCAUCUGGCAGCCCAACGAUGCUCACAUCGUAGCGUUGCAACAUCUCGAACUUGGUCGCAUGCUCCUCGCUGUCUGUAACCCACGACGCCAACGAGUCGGGAUUGGGUCUAGGGCAAGCAACUUGGCCAUGGAACAUCAGCUACGAGAGUCAAUCAAAGUGCUCUGCGGACUAGCACUGGCCGACAAACAUUUCCAAGGCGGCAUGACAACAGCUGCGGUCGGUAUUAGCAUCAGCGGCGAACUCUUCGACAAAGUGCAAGACCAACGAGCGAUUGUCCAGUUUCUGAGGACGCUGGAAGACGAACAUGCAUGGCCUACAAGAUUCACCAUUAAUGCCUUACGAGAAGCUUGGGGCGUUGAGCGUACCAACGAAACUUACUUCAUACCUUGCGGUUUUUGCUCGGUCUGA